AUGCCGUUGAUCGAAGAACUCCCCAUCACCGCGACCGUCCGCGCCUCUCAUGGUUGGACAUAUGUACCGGACACCGGCGCCCCGAUUCCCGCGGUACAAUUGAGCUCGCGCAAACGUGGUCGCGAUGGAGCAACCAUUGCCAGAAGCGCAGCGCAGGCUUCAAAGCAAGAGAAAGCUACCCAGCAGAGACUCCAUGACCUGAACAAGGAAAAUUACCGCGAAGCCAACAUCCCAAUUCCGAAGCGUGAUGGCACCAGGGGCAAGGAGAGGAAAACGGAGCCGAACGUGAAGCGGAUCCUUGCCUACCAGCGGAACUUUCAACACUACCUGGCGAACGAGGAAGCGGGUGUCAAUGUCUAUGGAAGUGCUGGCAUCCUACCUCCCCCAUCUAUUCGCGUCGGCAACCAUGCCACACAAAGUCCGCAGAAACCAACAGCAGAUUCGAAGAGGCGGAGUACUGUCAAGAAUGCAAUAUCAACGCCGGCGCCGAAGGCAGGAGCCAGACGUACAAGCUCAUUGAGACAUUCCAAAACCGCACCAGUGAAGAGCGAGGAAUCUACCGAAGCGGGCAAAGUCGAUGUCGAGAUGACAGAUGCUUCUCCCCACCACCAGCACUCCCUGCCCACUUCGCCCACCACGUCUCAACAAUCACCGUCGUCUCGGCAAAAGCAACAGCCACAGCCUUCUCCUUCUUCCGCACCCGAAAAUCCCACAUCCGGAUACGAUCCCGCGCUAGACCGCGAUCCUCUCCUUCGCACAUUAGACUUGCCCAAAAUGCCUUCCGACCGGGUCAUGCAAGCUCUUCUUGCCGAGCCGCCGCUGAGUUACACAGCAGCUCGUGCCAAGCCCCUGGAUGAUCCGCCCGACCAUGGCGGAACUGGAACAGUCUUUGCCAUGCGCACGGGUAACAGCACGCUCAUGGCGAAACCGGAGCGCAGGUUCUGCCCCGUAUGCGGGUAUUGGGGCAAAGUGAGGUGCAAGUACGGAUGCGGCGAGAGGGUAUGUGGGUUGUUGGAAUGUUGGAGAAGCCACGAAUUGGUGUGUUCCUUGGCCGCAACGGCAUACUGA